AUGCUUAUAAUUAAGGAGCUAAACUUUAAUAAAAUUGUUAUUUUUGUUGAUCAAGUCGUUGAUAGUAAAGGAGAAACAAUUAUAAAUGUUGGAAACAAUACGGAAUUCAUGCUUAAUCAUUUGUAUGAAGAUACAGUUAUAAAUGGAAAUGCUAAAAAUAUUGAAAAAAUUGCAAAAGCCUUAAAUGCUCAAAUUAAUGAUGAUGAAAAUAUUUAUUAUUUAAAUGAAAAAUGUAGUGAUAUUAAAUCUGAAGGGGAAUCGACAAUUGGUUUAAAAUUUAAAAAUUCCAAUACAACAAUUAAUGUUUCUGGAAACGAUAUAGCAAACUAUGGUGUAAGUACUUAA